GUUCGUCCCCAACGUUUCUUAAGCUUUAUUUGAUAUGGAUUUUCUCUGCACUUGCUCACAAUAACAUAGCUUUUGUUCAUUUCAGCAUUUCUAUAUAUCAUAUCUCAGUCUAAUACCAAAAAAUGCCCCCAAAAGACGACCAUACAGACACGUCUACCUCGAACGGGAGUGUGUCCCCAAGCGUGGACGCCGAAAAGUCCGAUACUCCCUGGCACUCAUUGGUUCACUGGAAUGACCUCCCCCAUUGGCUGCAAGACAAUCACCAUAUACACAGUGGCUAUCGACAGGCGUCUUACAGCUAUAAGAGAUCGCUGCAGAGUAUCCUUCAUUGGCACAAUGAAAGCGUCAAUAUUUGGACUCACUUGAUCCCGGCUGCCCUGAGCCUGCCAUUCGCAAGUUACCUAUAUUCGGUCCUAGAACCAAGAUAUGAAAGAGCUUCGCGAGCCGACGUGAUAGCAAUGAGUUGCUUUUUUGUCGGAGCCGCCUGCUGUCUCGGGUUGAGCGCCAGCUACCACACGCUCUCGAAUCACUCGCCCAAAGUCGCCAAAUUUUGGAACCAGCUCGACUAUGCUGGCAUCGCCGUGCUUAUCACCGGCUCCUUCAUUCCCAGCGUCUAUUACGGCUUCUGGUGUGACUUCACGAGACAAUUGACAUAUUGGAUCAUGAUCUGUACAUUGGGAAUCGCCUGCACCGCGGUUUCCGUACUGCCUCGCUUUAGAACGCCUGCUUGGAGGCCGUACAGAGCCUUGAUGUUCGUUGGCAUGGGGAUAUCGGCCGUCUUUCCGGUUUUGGACGGGUUGCGAACAUACGGUGUGCAUGCCAUGCAGAAGCAGAUUGGGCUGUCCUGGUUGGUGCUGCAGGGUGCCUUGUAUAUCUUGGGCGCCGGUUUGUAUGCGGCGCGCGUUCCAGAGGCCUGGUUUCCGGGUAGGGUCGACAAAUUAGGAAGCUCGCACCAGAUAUUCCACGUUCUCGUGGUACUAGCAGCCUUGUCUCAUCUUCAGGGCCUAUUGAAGGCCUUCGAUUACCGGCAUAAUAUUAUGGGAUCAGUAUGUCUGUGACUGGCACGGCCCUUGUCAUAGCUUGAAGUCCGCAUUGACAAAGGAGCGUGACUGGCCAGACUGUGUCUGCUGUCUCGCUAUCUGCGCCGCCAUUUCCAAUUUGAGAUCUCGAGACCGUUCGGAACUGAGGUCGUAGAUGGUUGCCAGGUUUAUGGUCAAGGUCUGGAAGGAAUGGCCCUGCUCAACCAGUUCUUCCAGAAUUCGUCGGGCUUUCUGUACUUCCCCUUGGUAGAGACAAGCCACUGCAAGGUUCUGCUUCAGCAGGCCCUUCAGAGCUGAAUCAGCUUCCAGUUCACACUCAUCGAGCGCCUGAGAAGCAGCAUCAUAUCGGCCUUCAGCAACAGCAACAAGAGACUCCAAUGCAAGCCUCUCCUGGUGCUUGAGGCUUUCAGAUGCAAUCAAAGCGUUGGCUUCGGCAGAGUCACCGAUCUUGGCUUGAAGAAGAACCAUUCGGGCCGUCCAGAUGGCCAACUGCUCAGGAUCCGUUGGUCGAAUAGCCUUUAGUGUACGUGCCGCACAAUCCAGGUCACCCAUUUCGAUCAAAGCGUUCACCACCCGUAUCGAUACUUCCUGGAGUCUUUUGGUCCACAUAGCGCGCUGCGCCGGGGAAGUGGUGGGGUUUGCAAGAUGCUCUCGACACUCGAGGGCUGUAUCAUAGAGAGUAGUCACGCCUCGACGUGGAUCUGAAAAACCAAUACUCUGGAGACGUAGAGCUUGCAGUCGUAGCGAGAACGGCAUGAUGUGCUGGGCGACGUUACGAGGCAUUUCGCCUGUCUCGACCGUCUCUGGGCCCGGGCCGACCUCGUCAUAGUAGAAGGCCGAGCUAAGGUCCUCCAGCGCCUUUGCUUCUUGUGCAGCCAAGAGUAGAUUGCCGGAUAGUUCCAGGCAAGAAUAUCGGACCGCCAGGAGGCGAAAUAUCGUCUUGGCAUCGGAUGGCUGUAUGGUCCCUGAGGUGAGGAUUGAUCCGGCAAGUUGAGCGGCUCUCAAGAAGUCGCAUUGCGAUAAGAGUCGAUCAAGCUGUUCGAGGGCUUGCACGAGUUGAGCUUCGUCAGAGGGAGCGGGCAUAAAUGGUCUCCUGAAAGGGCCAGGGACCUCCAGCUGAGAGAGGGAAUGAUAUAUUGACGCAUCGAGCAGAAAUGAAAGAUCUCUUGCCUCCUCAACCGGCUCCUCGCGCGUGGUGGUAGGGUCAGCUUGUGCCGGACCUGGUUGAGGCGUAGGCUGUUCCCUGGCGCCAACUAUCUCCUGUUGUGGAGAUUGCAGAGACGGAGAGUUGGCCCCCGAAGCGAACGACUGGGUCACCGCGGGAGGUGCAGUAAGAGGAUCAUCGACAACAUCAAGCGGCCCCUUCGUACUCCGUCGAGGAAGGCCUGCUCGACUGGACGGUUUCCGGCUGUGAUGUGAUGAGUCCAUCCGAGAGAACAGAUAUUGGGGCAGUAACCUUAGACGAAGUGGCCUUGUUCGAGAAGAGCGAUCUUGGAUGCGCACAGUCACAGUGCUA